AUUUAGUCUUGCCAGUGUUGUUGAACUCAGAUGACGCUUAGAUAGACCUCCACUACUCAUUCUCACGGCAGUCGUGGUGAGUCUCCCCGUCCGUACACGCGUUUGGACCUCGCGUUGUUGAUCGCGCGCGUGUAUACGAGUGCUUCGUGGCGCAGUUGUUGUUGUUACUCGUGUGUCUCCUUCGUUCCAGAACUUUGGCGGUUUAAACCAGUUCCAGAGCAGUAUAGGACCCUCUGAAGGGGGCGAAUAACAAGUGUGUGUUUGUGUUUCUGGAGUUAGUUGAGUGCACAUUCAGAAUUUACAUUAUCUUCCGGAUAAGGAAUGAAGUAUCUCCAGGAGAAGCAUGUUGGUGUGAGAAAAUUAUGAUUAUUUGGUUUAGUUUGUGCCGUUGAUGUUAUUUUGUUUAUCUGCGGAGAAGAUGCGAGUGAAAAUUGCUGCCACCCGCCGCCAAGGCAGAUGAAGUGUGAAGCUGAUUUAGUGAAUUGUUUUCUUUUGGUGUUGUAAUAAAAUGCUCACGUGUUGCCUCAAUCUGUGCUCCGUUUUUGCUGCUACUGUUGCUGCCAUGUGGAUGGGUGAAUGGAAAAUGAUCUAAAUCUAUCGAUUCGACCGAACGACUAUCAAACCAACGACAACGCGAUUCGAUUUCGAUUAUCCUAACGUAAUAUGGUUCGAUUCGGAAAGAAGGAAAGUGCCGAACGGCGCCAGCUGUUAGCCAGUAUGAACUCGAUGCAUUACAACAGCUCCAAACAGAUCGAUAAUGCCGCGUUCCAACAUAUUCGAGACAAUGUGGAAGAUCUCAGCGAAAAAUCGGAGGCCAACGAGACAGAUUUGGUUUUCCUGCAAGGUAUACUGCAGAACCCCGCCGUUACGCAAAUGAUAAAGAUCCAGGAUAAACUCGAGGAGGCCACAGCCCCGCUGAAACCGAUCCGCCUAUCGAACGACCCGCUGCUGCGCGAAGUUGUCGAUCGGUGCAGUUUGUCGCGCAAUCCACAUGCCCGCGAACUAGCGCGAAUAUUCCGCUAUCCGCACUUCCGGGCUCUGAUCGAGGCGCACGACGAGGUCGGCGAGGCCAUCGUAGAACGCUUGAAGCAUCCACCGGCCGGGGGCAAACCGACGAACGGAACGGCACCGGACUCGCCCGGUGGUGGCAGCAGCUCGGAACUCGACGGAGGCGCUUCGCUGGCAACGGCCGCAACCGUUACCACGGCCGGCAACGGGAUGCCCGGGGAAACGAUCAAGAUGGUGGGCAUUCGGCGCAACCCGAAUGAACCGCUCGGCCUAACGGUGGAGCUCGACGAGCACGAUCAGCUGGUGGUGGCGCGUAUCAUCGCCGGCGGGAUGAUCGAUAGGCAGGGCCUGCUCCACCCGGGCGACGUCAUACUGGAGGUGAACGGCGUUCAGGUGAACACACCGGAAGAGCUACAGACUGAAAUCUCCCGGGCCAAGGAAUCGGUCACGCUGAAGAUCGGUCCCAGCCUGGAGGAGGAGAUGAAAUCCGCUCGGAUCACGAUGGGUGGUGGACAGGUAAAGAAAAAUAUUGACUCGGGAAAGAAGCUGACGUGCUACAUGCGUGCCCUGUUCGAUUACGAUCCGGCGGAGGACAACCUACUGCCGUGCCAGGAGCUCGGCCUUGCAUUCCAGCGCAGUGACAUUCUGCAGAUCAUCAACGUCAAAGAUCCCAACUGGUGGCAAGCACGCCACGUGGGAGACGAAAAUGCCAUCGGAUUGAUUCCCUCCCAGGAAUUGGAGGAACGCCGCCAGGCGUACGUUCCUCCGGAAGCGGACUAUGUACACAAGAUCAGCAUUUGCGGUACCAGGAUUUCCAAGAAGAAGCGCAAGACAAUGUACAAAACUAAGCAGAAUAAUGAAUUCGACAAGGCUGAUCUGAUGCUGUACGAAGAGGUUACCAAGAUGCCCCCGUUCAAACGGAAAACCCUGGUGUUGAUCGGUGUGGCCGGUGUUGGAAGACGAACACUGAAGAAUCGUCUGAUCAACAGCGAUCCGGACAAGUUUGGCUCGGUGUUGCCACACACAACUCGUCAACCAAGACCCCUGGAGGAAAGUGGCAAAGCCUAUUGGUUCACGGAUCGGGAAACAAUGGAACAGGACAUCAAGGAAAACAGUUUCCUGGAGUUCGGUGAACAUAAUGGCAACCUAUACGGGACACAUUUGGAUUCAGUUCGGGAUGUCAUUCGGCAAGGAAAAAUGUGCGUUCUGGAUUGUUCACCAACAGCGUUGAAAAUCCUGCACAACAGUGCCGAGUUUAUGCCUUACGUGAUCUUCAUCGCAGCACCGGGAAUGGAACAGCUCAAGCAGCUCUAUUCAGAACGCCGAUCGGCUCAUGGAUCGGUAAAAAGUUUACAGUUUGACCGUCAGAGCUCCAUCCGGUACAGCUCCCGCCGAGCAAAGACCCUCGAAUCACUGGCAUCACUGUACGAGGACGACGAUCUGAUUUCGGCGGUGGAGGAAAGUUCACUGCUGCAACGCAAGUACGACAAAUAUCUGGAUCAGGUCAUCAUCAACGAGGACUUUGACGUCACAUUCCGGGCCGUGACCGACGCGCUGGAAGCCCUCAGUCACGAACAUCAGUGGGUGCCGGUCAACUGGAUCUACUGAGAAAUGACGAUGUUUUCAAUCGAAUGACAAUGUGUUCAAAUUUUAUCCAGCGAUUUAGCCAUAAUCACAGUAAUCGAACCAUUCUCGUUCGCCAUCGUAUUGGUACUGCUUUGAACGUAUCGAAUCAAUCGAAUUCCAUAUCCUCAAAUUAAAAAAAAAUACAGUUCGUAAGUUAAGGUUAGCCUAAAAAUCAUUCAAGUGCAUUUGAAGUCAGAUUAACCAUCUAGUGGGAAAGCAUGAUUAUCAGCUUUGCAGCUCUAUCGCAUCGUACUAUCAUCAAUCGUUAAAUAAUUAACCAAUAGGUAUUACCGUUCACUUGGCAGUUCACGUAAGCUCGCCGAAAAGAUGUAGAAUCUAUGCAUUUAGAAUCUAAGUGUACCGUGAAGUGAAAACUGUUUCGUCCAUUAUUUUUAGUUUAGAUUCGAAAAAGAGAUAAAUAUCAUACUUGUAUACAUGUGAGGGGCAAUAUUAAUUUUGCGCGAAGAGUUAGAUUCAGUCUACCUUUAGCGUUAUGAAUCUCGUGAAAUGAUUGUACUCGUUCGAGUUUAUAUUCAACUUUUAAGCAUGACGUAGAAUCUUGUUUUAAUUAUACGAAAAGAAGUUAGUGUUAGGUUCGUGAAAAUUGUUUAGAAAAGUAUUUGUUGUAGAUUAUCAAUGAUUUUAUUAAAAUUGAAUGCGAAUUAAUUGUCGAAAUAACUUAUAA